UCGCACCUAGCCGUCGGAAGUGAAAUUGACGUUUCUUCUCGGUUGAAGGGCACCACCACUGUGUGUGAGACUGGUGCUACUGGAAAACAUUACACAUAUCUGGGGAUCAGCGGGGCGGAAACGGUUGUGCAUCGGUUGCUCGGUUGCGGAUUUUCUUCACCUCGCUGGUGUGGUCUGGCCAACGCUGCUGGCGCUUCCUGGGGGCCUUGUCAGGGGCUGGAUGGUUAUGAUUUUCUCACCGAUAUUGAUACGGGAAGUGGCUGAUUUCGAGUGAUGGAAGAGCAUCAAUCAUCGUCGGUAGGUGAAUUAUGCGACAGAGGCUGAGAUUGGCGAAAUUAUAUAUGCAAAUUACCUGUCAGUAGGAAGCGACGAGUGUUUUGUUUGCUCCACUUCAUGAAAUAUCUCGUUUUCCUCAAGUGUUGUGCUUUGUGUUUUUGUGUUGGUGCUGUUUUUUUUCUUCAAACAGCAAGAAAAAGCAAAAUAAAGCUGUGUUCGAAUGCAGUAAAUGAAUGAAACAAGUGUGUGCAAAUGUUUGAUUGAUGUUAGUGUUUUGGAUGAAGGCAGGAAGAAAAUAGUUCCAAUGUGGUUCAACCCUGGCGGCUAGUUUUUCCUGGGGAAUGAAGUGGUGGCCUACCACUAAACAGAGAGCCAAAUUUCACCAAUGAUAUCACCAUGCCCGAGCUAAUAUCGUAAAACCGUGUCCGGGUGCGUGCUGCUCGGCAAUUUGUUAAGUCAAAAUUUUCGUAAAGAAAAAAGAAGAAAUUAUUGUGGCCAUACAUACCUACUGGAAAACGCCAGAACCUCCGGCAGUGGGUGGCGGAGGGAUGAAAAAUAUCGUUGUAUGCAAAUUUUACUCGUGUAACAUGUGAUCAGUGUUUUUGGGUGGUGUUGUUAAAACUGCUGUGGGAAACUUCUGAGCGGUGUUCGACCACCGAAUUUAUUAUCCAUGAGGAUCAACGCGUGUGAUGGAUAGGAUAUUACCGUAAUCAUGAUGCAUAUCAGAAUUAAUGUGUAUCCGUUGUGCGUGUAACACGAGUGGAAUUGUAUGCGAAUAAUAUUUGUUAUUGCUUUCCGAGGGGUUUGCCGCGAUGUUCGAGGAGGAAUAAAGUUUUUGUUGUUUUCACAAAAUGGCAGAGAGAAAGAAAAAUUGUGCGUUGUUUUCGAUGUGAAUUUGGAUGAGUUUAUAUUGUGUUUUUUGGAAUAUAGGUGUUUAUUGGUGUUGGUAUUAAUGCUGUGUCAUCAGCGGAAAUGGUGUAAUAUCAAUGUUGCCAUCAGUGUUUUUCAAUGUCUGUAUCAAAUCCAGCAAAUUAUAGAGAAAGCAGUGGGAAAAGCGAGGCAAAGUGAUUUUCCGAUCCCGGUGUACUUCCCGUAGCCUAGAGUAUUCCCCGCCUCGAAAAAAUACAUCAAAGCAAAAAGUUCGAAAGUAAUAAUCUCAGUCAAUCGUGAGAAUAGUCGGUGAGAGUUUGGUUCACACACAAACCCCUCGAGUGAAAAGAGCAAUACGUGGAAGUGCUGAAUCCACCCCAGAUUACGCUGGUCCUUUGGGUGACUGGCGAAUUUCGCUUCCGGGCAGCCAACGAGAAGCAAACUAACCGUCGCGAAGAAAUGUGUGCGGUAUAAUUACAACGAAUGAUUUCGUGUAGAUUUUUCGGUUGCGAUAAAGUUCAACGAAACUCGCGAUACUCUGCGCGCUGGGAUCGCACUGCGGGGGUGGGAAAAGAAGAAGAGUGAAAAGAGAGAGAAAGCUUUGAAAUUGAUUUUCAUUUCACCCGUGGCAAAUUGUAUCUUAUCCAAAAUUUGUGUAAAUUCAUCAAAUUCAACACUGGAGGAAAAAAACCCAUUUUGUAAAUAACCACCGUUUUACACACACAAAUCAUACAGAACCAACGCAAGAAAAAAAAUCAAUUUCAACUUGAUUGGGCUUUGACAAACAACAUCUCACACAGACCUCACAGGCAACGCCGGAGACAUCCGCCGGAACAGACGUCUGAACGAAGAGUUCCAAGCGUUGCGUGUCUGUGAGACAGUUUCAUGACGAGAAAAUGCUUAAACAGAAAAGGAAUACAAAACCGCAGAGACAGGGUCGGCUGAGAUGGGGUCUGAAGAAAAUCUGCUGGGGAUUGAUAAACAUUACUGUGCCGAGGCGAACUGCACGGAGUUGGAUCGAGGCAAAUUUCCAAAAGCGCGAGUGCAUCAAAUUCAUCCCGAACGUCAAAAGUGAGGAAGUAUGCUGCUGUGGGCAAGAACGCAGAACUCAUCAGCUGGUUCCCGGAAUCGAGCCGGGGGUCACGGGCGACAUUUGGCAGCCGCAGAAACACACCAGACCACAACCAACGGAUGCCUACGGGACGAUCGAAUUCCAAGGCGGUGCCCAUCCUACCAAAGCCCAGUACGUGCGCCUAUCCUACGACACUCGACCGGAACUGCUGGUUCAACUGUUCACUCGCGAAUGGAAUCUGGAACUCCCCAAGCUGCUCAUCACCGUGCAGGGAGGAAAGGCAAACUUCGAGCUACAACCAAAGCUGAAAAAGGUGCUCAGGAAGGGUCUGCUCAAGGCGGCGAAAACGACCGGCGCUUGGAUCUUCACCGGUGGAACGAAUACAGGUGUCACAAAGCAGGUCGGUGAUGCCCUGCUGCUCGAGGGGCAGCAGCGAUCCGGACGUGUCGUCAGCAUCGGUAUCGCCCCGUGGGGCAUCGUGGAGCGGAAUCACGAACUGUUGGGCCACAACCGGGAUGUCCCCUGUCACAGCAUCAGCUCGCCCCGCUCAAAAUUGGCUGUGUUAAAUAACCGUCACGCGUACUUUCUGCUGGUUGACAACGGAACCCAGGGACGGUACGGAGCGGAGUUGAUACUGCGGCGGAAGCUGGAGAAGUUUAUAUCGAACCAGAAGCUGCAGCCCUAUAAGGCACUUUCCGUUCUGAUGAACUUCCAUUACAAAGUUACGCAUUCCAGCACUCCCGUAGUCUGCUUGGUAAUCGAGGGCGGUACAAACACAAUCAGAGCUGUGCUAGAGUAUGUCACCGACAGCCCACCGGUGCCGGUAGUGGUUUGCGAUGGGUCGGGCCGGGCCGCUGAUCUGAUCGCCUUUGUACAUAAUUUGUUUUGUAGAUACGCCACCGAUUCGGGCGAACAGGUCGUGUUGGAAUCGAUGCACGAUUACCUCCUCGGGACGAUACAGAAAACCUUCGAAGUGGGCCCCGAACAGGCCGAGCAGCUGUAUCAGGAGCUGCUGAUGUGUACUAAAAAUAAAAAUCUGAUAACCGUGUUCCGGAUACAGGAUCGACCAGAAGGCAACGCUCAGGAAUUGGACCAAACUAUUUUAACUGCACUCUUUAAAUCACAGCACCUAAGUCCACCGGAGCAGUUGAGUCUGGCGCUGACCUGGAAUCGGGUAGACAUCGCCCGAUCGGAGAUAUUCGUGUACGGUCAGGAAUGGCCUCACGGUGCGUUGGAUGAAGCGAUGAUGCAAGCGUUAGAGCAUGACAGAAUAGAUUUCGUUAAACUGUUGCUGGAGAACGGGGUGUCGAUGCGUAAAUUUCUGACGAUACCCCGAUUGGAGGAACUGUACAACACAAAGCAUGGCCCCGCGAACACCUUAGGGUACAUCCUCAGGGAUGUACGUCCACAUAUACCGAGGGGUUACGUGUACACGCUGCACGAUAUUGGGCUAGUGAUAAACAAACUGAUGGGCGGUGCCUAUCGAUCGUACUACACGCGGCGGAAAUUCCGGCCGAUCUAUGCGAAGGUCAUGAACAGUUACGUUAACACGCACCGGAAGCCGUCCACAUUCACACGUAGUGCUGGUAUUAACUCGAUGAGUCUGGUCGCAGGAUUGCUGCCAGUGACAUCCGAUAUGGCCUUAUUUGAGUUUCCGUUCAAUGAAUUGCUGAUUUGGGCUGUGCUGACGAAGCGACAGCAGAUGGCGCUGCUGAUGUGGACACACGGAGAGGAAGCUCUCGCCAAGUCUCUGGUGGCCUGUAAGCUAUACAAAGCAAUGGCUCACGAAGCCGCUGACGAUGAUCUAGACACGGAGAUCUACGAAGAACUCAGAAGCUACGCGAAAGAGUUUGAGGUUAAAGGUCUGAAACUGCUGGAUUUUUGCUAUCGCCAGGAUGGAGAAAGGGCACAACGGCUGCUAACGUGCGAACUGCAGUCCUGGUCGAGUCAGAGCUGUCUUUCGCUUGCCGUGGCGGCAAACCACCGAUCCAUUCUUGCUCACCCCUGCAGCCAAAUUAUCCUCGCUGAUCUGUGGAUGGGUGGUUUGCGGACGAGGAAAAAUACGAAUCUUAAAGUUAUUCUGGGCCUCCUGAUACCUCCCUUCGUGAAGAAGCUGGACUUCAAAUCGAAGGAAGAGUUGCAGCAAAUGCCCCAAACGGAAGAGGAACACCUCGAGAACCAAUGUCUCGACUAUGACGAUAACGGCAAGCACAAUCCGGACGCGGAGAAUGCAAUUGAGAAUCCUACUGAAAAUGCGAAACCUGUUGGCGAUCAGAACUCGACGCCGACCGUGCAGGCGCUUUUGUCCGACACGUACUCUAUGAAAGAUACCAAAGUGCAGGAGAAUGGAAAAGUAGGUCUGACCGGAUGUCUGAAGGCAAAAGUCUCGCUGACGGACUCGGAGAACACCCAGUACAAGGACUACAUGUACGACCACUUCGUGCGCCACCAGCGUCCACUCAAGCUGAAGAAGAAGUUUUACGAGUUCUACACCGCUCCCAUCACCAAGUUUUGGGCGGAUUCGAUGGCGUACGUGUUCUUUCUGGUGCUCUUCACCUACACGGUGCUGGUUCGGAUGGAGGCCUACCCUAGCUGGCAGGAGGUAUACUCGAUAGCGUACAUCACGACGCUGGGCUGCGAGAAGAUAAGGGAGAUUGUAUCCUCCGAGCCGGUAGCGAUCUCCCACAAAUUUUCUGUUUGGGCUUGGAAUAUGUGGAAUCCUUGCGACGCUGCGGCCAUAAUUUUCUUCCUCAUCGGACUCGUCCUCCGGCUGCGACCAUACACGAUGGAUGUGGGCCGAGUGAUUUACUGCGUGGAUAGCAUCUACUGGUAUUUGCGGAUAUUGAAUAUUCUUGGUGUGAACAAGUACUUGGGACCGCUGGUGACAAUGAUGGGAAAGAUGGUGAAAAACAUGAUUUAUUUCGUUGUUCUCUUAUUGGUGGUGUUGAUGAGCUUCGGAGUGAGUCGACAGGCUAUACUGUUCCCCAACAAUGACGCCAGCUGGCGGUUGGUGCGAGACGUGUACUAUCAGCCUUACUUCAUGUUGUACGGAGAGGUGUUUGCCGACGAUAUCGAUCCACCCUGUGGCGAGGACCCUUCCCAGCCGCAAUGUGUGACAGGUCAUUGGGUCACGCCAAUUGCGAUGUCGAUGUAUCUUUUGAUCGCAAACAUCCUGUUAAUUAAUCUGCUGAUUGCGGUUUUCAACAACAUCUUCAUUGAAGUGAACGCCGUCUCGCAUCAGGUGUGGAUGUUUCAACGCUUCACAGUCGUGAUGGAAUACCAGCAAAAACCAGUGCUGCCACCACCGCUGAUUGCAUUUUGUCACUGUUACUCAUUCCUCCGUUAUCUGAUUCGGAAAGCCAAAGGUCUCCAGCAAUCUCGUGACAAUGGGCUGAAGCUGUUUCUCGAAAAAGAGGACAUGGAGCGGCUGUACGAUUUCGAGGAGGAAUGCAUCGAAGGAUACUUCCGGGAGCAGGACAUUCUGCUGCAACAAUCCACCGAAGAGCGUAUCAAAAAUACCGACGAACGAGUGGAGAAUAUGUCGCAGAAAAUCGAGGAUAUAAAUCAGAAAGAAAACAUGCAAACGGCAACCGUUCAAAACAUUGAGUUUCGGCUGCGUAAAGUGGAAGAAUCGGCCGAUCAGAUUCUUUCGCACUUAGCUGUGAUACAUCGGUUUAUGUCGGCCCACACCCAGCUGCAGGAUAACCUGAACGAAUCGACGGGUAAUGUGAGCGCGGGGGGAGGUGGUGGAAGUGGCGGGGGUGGGGCCCUGCUUGACGUCCGCACGAGAACCAUAUCGGAGAGUGAUAGCACGAUUGUGCCGAUCAACCCGAGGAAGAAAAUUAAUCGAUCCCUAACGGAGGUACGGCCGGAUGCUUACAUUUUUGACGAUGGGAUGCACUUUGAGGUGCGCACAGUGCCCGAGGAGAAUGAAAGUGACCGUUCGCCGGAGAAAACUAUUGCGCCCUCUCAAGAUCGCAAGCUAUCGAUCAGAUCCGAAGAUUCGGAAAUGUACUUUCCGCCCUCGAAGGGCAUAUCCCCCGCGGAUUCGGUGGGGGUCGGCAGUUCAUCGGCCAAACCAAAACCCCCCUUCGUGAACGUUCGUCAGGACACGGCCAGCACGGAGAGCAAAGACACGCUGACCCCGCUGGAGAAUUGCGAUGAUCGCACCUUGGUUGGUGAGGAAUCGACUGACGACAUAAUUGACCCAAACUGUGACGGACUGCGGCAACGGGCCGCUGCCAGGCGACGGAACAGUUCGAUGGGAGCCGGGAGAAGGUAUUCGGAGAGUGCUUCCGGGUACGAUAUCAACAAAUCACAAACAAGUUUGUAUCAAACGAGCUUUAUCAAGCGACAGCAGAGCGUGACCCAAUCGGAACCGGAUAGCGGGAAAGAGGAGCCCGUGACACGACCUGUAGCCAGAGGACGGCAAUUGCUGCUGCAGAUCCAUGCGGAAUAUACGUCGAUAACCGAUGAGUUGGAGAGUGUCUGUCAUAUGAUAACUUCUCCAACAUCUUCACUGAGAGAAGAUCGACCGAAGAAUGUAAACGAAAUGAGCAAUCCGGAGUUUGCGGCCCUCAUCGAGAAGAAGCACCUGAAAGAAUGCGAAGACAGUGAUUAUAUGAUGCUGGAGAAGCUACUGCAAACACGGUGCUCUGUCGAUGAAAACGAUGACAUUUUCGAUGACGCACACGACGAUUACGGUCCUCGUAAGAUGCUCCGACGCGAAACAGCGAUCGAACUACCGAUCACCCCCUCAAAAUCCAACAUCGUUUCACUGGCAAGCGCCCUCGGGAACGAAGAGUUCACCGUCAAAAACGAACGCCAAACGGUUUCGAAUCGCAACUCGCUCAGGGAUUCGAAAAAUUCUCCGGUGUCCUUGUCCAGCCAAAACUCACCCCGAAACUCUCAAUACCUGCAAUCAACAUAUCUAAAUCCGGCGUCCUUCGAGGGUUGCCACCGUAUAUACAAAAAAUCCUGCGAGAGUUUGCAGAAAAACUCCAGUACUGACACUGACUACUCGAUGCAACCGUACAAGUUCAUAAAACAAAGUUCAAACGAGACGAACAGUUCAUUGAACAUCGAUAAUUCGUCUAUUACCAACGACCUGUCGAUGGACGGGGAAACUAGCAUGAAUUCCACCGUAAUCGAAAUGUUAGCCGGGGCAAACGUUGUCCCGGACGAACGAACAGGUUUCACCAAGCGGGCAUCCUCUCUUGGCAGUGCUUCGUUGGUACACCCAUCCGACCAACGGCCAGGUUUCCUCAAGAAGCAAUUCAGUAUAGACAAAUCGGCUGGAGCGUUGAAGGCUUCUGAAUCGAUACCUGAAGACUUGGAACAGCUCACACAGACAGCUGCGCCAGUUUCAACAACGGCAGGAAGUAGCGGUAGUGGUAGCAAAAUAGUAAAAUCCAAUCGUUUCAGUGAUAACCUUAGCUUACUGGGAACCAAAACGAUGAUGGCUCUACUGAAGGAGAGCAGUUCGACCAGCACGGAAGACACACAAACUGCUUCCUACCGGGAAGCAAUUCCUUGCAUAAGUACCAACUUAGUGCAGGAUGAGAUUGCCAAACUGUCAUCCAACAUCAAAAACAGCCUGGAGGAAGAGACGGAGCCCCCGUUCAAUGAAACCAUGUGCUGAUUUUAGUUGAAUCUUUAGUCGGUAAGGUGUAGCUGAUCCAAGCACGAGAUCCCCAAGCACCCCCACCAAACCCAAUUAUUGUACAAAUACCCACCCACCUUGUACUCCUAGUCCCAUCCCGAAAACGAACAAAAAAACACCGAUCUCAACAAAAUCCACCUCCAUCCCGCUCGUGAAGCGAAGCGGAACCAAUCUCGUCAUUCCCCGGUCCAAGCGUACAUAAUCAUCACGACAGUUGUUCGGCACCACGUCAGCGCAUCCAUUAUAUGGUUACAUUUCUACAGAUGUGAUUACAUAUAUCGAAUUGCUAGGAUUUUCUCCUGAAUUUUAAUUGUAUAGAACGGAUAAAACGUAUUCGCGGAAUGCAUGCCCCACGGAUUGUGCGCGCGCGAAGGUUAAGAUGUCUGACUUCGGAGAUUUUUUUUUGUAUAAUUGGUGUAUUGUAUUACUUAAAAUUAUCUAGUUGUUCAACGGUUCUCAGCUCUGUCAAGAUUCCAGUGUAUAUUUUGAAAUUUUUCCGAGAAAAGUGUUUUUUUUAUACCUACUGCCAUGGAAAAAAUGUUAUCUCACAGAUGUUGCAAAAUUAAAAAAAUACACAGAAACGUGUUACAAAGAAACGAAGGGGAAGAGACUAUUGUGGACAUUUGAAUGCAUCAGGGUGUGUUCACAAUAUUUCAAAACUAAUUUUUUCCUGAGUAAAGGAAAAAGCACACAUUCAUUCAUUCCAUUUUCAACAGGAAAUGCAAAAAUUAGGCCUGUUUCAGUUAUAAUUUGGUCGUAUAAAGUAGGACAUUUGUCAGCAUAGAAAUGACGUACAAAAAGGGAAGGAUGUUAUUUUGUAGAUGCGUCAUUGUAGAUUCGAGCUUCAAGGGAAAACUACAUGAAAAUUAUUCCUCAGCUGUUCGGAUGAAUUUUUCGAAUUGGAAGCCAUCACAGCCGGCAUGUCGUCAAGUGGUAUAAGGAGAACAAGAUCGAUUUCAUUGAAAAAAUUAUCAAUCAACUAAAUCGUCCGGAUCUUCGACCCAUCAAGAGAUAUUGGGCAAUCAUCAAGGCAAACAUAAGAAAUGUGGCAGAACUAUAAAAAACAGCUCAAAUAGAAAAGUGGUGGAACGAGAUAGCAAAUAAUGUUACCAGCACUACUGUCCAGAAAAUGAUGGGAAAAAGUUCGAAAACUCAUCCUAACUACUGAACGAAUAUUUUUCGUGUAUUUUUCCCUUAAAGGUAAUUAAAAAACCUACAAAAUGACAUCCUUCCCUUUUUUAUGUUAUUUCUAUGCUGAUAAAUGUCUUACUUUAUGCGACCUAAUUAUAACUGAAACAGGCUUUAGUAAUCAACAGAAGGAAGGAAGGUAUUAAAUUAAAGAGACUUUAAACUCUGAGAGUUCAUUCGUCUCUUAUUAGGAAUCAACAGAAAUUGAAACCACGUCAUUCAUGAGCUGAUUAAACUAAACAAAACACAACCGUUGCAACGACGUCUGGCAUGAACUAAAAAACUACAAACCAUGAAGCAAUUCCACGCCAAAUCACCAGAAAAAAUGACCGAUUUUAACGUGAUCCUCUUCGUUUUAUUUUCUAAAAUCUUCUACAUGAGAUGGUCAACAUGAUUUGAAUUAUCUAGAAAAUGAAUUGACGAGCGCUGAGAACGAGGAUGACUGAUGAACUUUUCUAGCAAAUGGUUAUUCUUAUUGACGUGACUAACAAUACAAAUCUAUACAAAAUCAACAACAAUACAAAUCUACUAAAAAAUCAAUACAAAAUUGCAGCCAGGGCGAAAUAGUUGAUUUGCACCCCUCUUACGCCAGAAAAGUAGAAAAAAUUGCACCCAGGAAAGAGUCCGCGUCGCAUCCGGGUCGGAAGAAUCGAUUUGCACCUCACCCCCGCCAAAAGUCAUAUUUAUCAAAUUUCUUCAUAUAAAUUCGAUUCAUUUUGCACCCCUAAAAUCGUGCACACGGGAGCGGUCCGCCCUCUCCGCACCUCCUAGUCGACGCCACCGCACAGUGGUCCAAAAGUGCAAAAACGUGAUCGUCAGGGAUUUCUCCAAAACGGUUAAUUUUACGUAUAUGAUGUCUUCGGAGAAGUUUUAAAGUACAACGAGGGCCACCUUUUGAGGGCUGCCAUUUUGAAAUGAAUCCCCCUAAAAGUGAGAUCCAAAAUCCAUUUUUUUCAGCUUAAGAGAUAGGAAGUUGGUGUCUUCAUGAAAAUUAUAGCUCUUAUCAAAACAAACAAUUUUGCUGAAAACAUCAACUUUCUAUCUAUCCAGUUAAAAUAGUUCUGGGACAUUUUUGGUGAAAAGCACCAAAAAAUCAUAUUUUCGUCCUAACUUUUCCUCUUGAUUUUUUACAAUUUUACAAUUUUUAGAGAACUUUUUUGCCUAGUCAAAACACACAUUUUUGACGCACGUUGUUUUUUCCUAUCUCUUAUAUAUUUGGAGAUAUUGGAGUUUUUAUGUUAAAAUUGAACUAUUUUUGAACUAGGAUAUUUCAUAAAGGGGCAGAUUGGGGCAGACCAAACCGAUUACAAAUUAAAGUACAAGCAAAAUACUGCAAAAUCACACUUCAAGUGUCUGUAUCCACCUGUAUCCUCAAAAGUUACACUUAAUUUAAAGGAAGGCCUUCAUCUACGUUAUCCUGUUAAAAAAAUAUGUUUGUUUGUUUUGAUAAGAGCUAUAAUUUUUAUGAAGACACCAACUUCCUAUCUCUUAAGCUGAAAAAAAUGCAUUUUGGAUCUCCUUUUUAGUGGGAUUCAUUUCAAAAUGGCAGCCCUCAAAAGGUGGCCCUCGUUGUACUUUAAAACUUCUCCGAAGACAUCAUAUACGUAAAAUUAACCGUUUUGGAGAAAUCCCUCACGAUCACGUUUUUGCACUUUUGGACCACUGUGCACCGCCUGUGUUAACCCUCAGUUGUCUUUAAUCGUUCUGUAUUUGAGAUGCCGAUCGAGGAUAUGCCAUACUGCCCGAUGGUAAGCUGAUGCGGAAAAUAUCAAAUUGAAAAGCAAAUGAAUCCUUUCUUACCAUUUUCUUCAUCUGAGAUAUUCACUGGGAACUCGACUCAAUGAAUAUGACCCACAGUUAUCGCCUCUGAAUCGGUUUCAAGCAACAAAAACCUUAUAGAAAUGAUGUAGAAAAUUACAUCGAAAAUCGCUUCCAAAGAAAUUUUUUUUUGUUUCUUUAAAGCAUGUUACAAAUGUAAAACUUGCAUGGUAGGAUUCUAUCAUUGACUAGCACGAUUGCCUGUAUUUAUAUUCUUAAUUUAUAUUCUAGUGUAUUGAUAUUGGUGACUACCAUACACUGCAUGAUUUUCAUAUGUAUGUGUGCAAGCGCUGAGCGUAAACCAAAGGUUUUGUAUUUUUCAAGUGUCAAGUUUCUAUAAGACCAGUUACAUUUUUCCGUUGUUCUAGUUGUUUUGAUCAAUAAAUCUGGAAAAUGCAGAAGGAAAAAGUACUCACGGGAAAAAGAAAGACAAAUCGAUGCAUUUCACCAAGAACAUUUUAUAUAUCAGAGAAGUUUCUCGUCGGAUUGGACGAUCCCAUCAAGUAGUGCUCAAUCAUUUGACAAAUCCUCAAGGAUACGGUAAGAAGAAGAGAGCUCCACGUAAAUCGAAGCUCUCUGACCAGUAUAAGCGGGAAAUAGCAAGAACAGCUUCGAAUACCUCAAAAUCGCUUAUGCAAAUAAAGAAAUAUUUCAAUUUAAAUGUUACUCGAGUGACAAUUCGUCAAGUUUUGGUAAAAAAUCCUCACAUAAAGAGGGUUUAAAAGGUUAAAGCUCCUCAUCUUACACCAUCUCACAUCGGAAGACGACUGAGUUUUGCCAAAGCUCACGUGAACCGACAGUGGGAAAUGGUAUGUUGGGACAAAGAAUGUUUCCAAAAGAAUACAUUUUGCUAUAUACCAUAACGAAAAGUUCUUCAAUGUAUAGGUUAUCUUCACUGACGAAAAAAAAGUUCAAUUAGGAUGAUCUUGACGGUUUUAACGGGUACUAGCGUGAUUUACGGAAAAAGGAACAGUAGUUUUCAACCAGGAAUUUUGGUGGAGGCUCGUGCAUGAUUUGGGCGUGAUUCUGUGCAACCGGAAAGCUCAAGAUAGCUCUCACAUCAUUCAAAGAUUACAUACUUGUUCAGGGAUCCUCUCUCCUACCUUUUUUGCGUGGAUAUCGUCACAAAAAAUUCACAUUCCAGCAAAACAAUGCUACUAUUCAUAUCAACAAGGAAUUCAAACAAUGGAUUAUGGACCAAACACUUAUUUUUUUGGAUUAAUCGCCUCGCUCUCCAGAUUUGAAUCCUGUUGAAAAUCUUAGGGGGAUCCUUGUACGCAGAAUCUACACUGAGGGAAAACUAUACACCACGAUUGAAGAGCUCAAGGUCGCAAUUUCGGAAACAAGGAAAAAUAUCGAGAAAUUCGCUCAGCAGCAUUUGGUAAAUAGUAUUCCAACACGAAUUUUCCACGUUAUUGACUGAAAUGGCAAGGUUGCCAAUUAUUGAAAUGUAAAUCAGCCGGUCGUUAUGAAUUUUUCAUUGAUAAUACUUGUGAGUUUUGAAAUGGUCUUAUAGAAACUGCAUGCUGUAUGAAACUGCAUAACUGUAUGCAUAUACUUGAUGCACAUACACACGCACGGUACCCUUAUCCAGUCGUACAGCAACAAGCAUCGCCCAUUUGGCAUACCAGCAGUGAUGAAGGAGUGAUUCGGCUCCGCAGUGCACGUUGGGUGAUUCCUCGGUAAUAGAGGUCGCACAAGAACGUUACAAACAAGGCAUCGAAGUGCCGAAAAUGCGAGCGAGCCGUCAAUCCUUUUAAAGCAUCUAAUUUUUGUCCACCAAUCCUGCACAUGCUUUUAAUUUUUGAGUACCGUUCUGAAUCAUAUUUCGAAUACUUUAUAAUAAAAACUUGAAAUGCUUAUUUCCCUGAUGGUAUAACUAUAAAGUGGCCAGAUGUUCAGAGGUCUAACGCACAAAAAACAAAACGUUAUGUAUAUAGGUUAUGUGAACAUAAACCAUGUGUCCUUGCAAUUAAACCUAAUCUGUAUUAUUUCUUUAUAAGUAUCGGCACUCAGUUGUAAUUUUUCGGUGGUUUAUAUUUUGUUUACGCCUGAAAAUCACUCACUCAGUCAGAGCAUUUAAGUCUGGCAAGCACGAUUUAAAUUCUAUAAUUUUCUUCCAAUUAUCGAAUGGAAUGCUCGAAAAUUCCAAUCCAUUUUUCAUCGAUUUUAGUGUUAACGUAUGUAUUGAAAAAAAUAGACUAAUAAUGGAAAUAUGGACUUCGGAUGGCGAUGAAAAAAAACUACAAAAGAUAAUUCAAUGGAACAAACUUUCCAUAAAUCUUACGUUUAUUAAGCCUACAAUAAAAAUGAUUCAAGGCUGUUGAUUCCCAGUAGCAGCACUGUCAAUCAACUUUUUUCAAACUGCCAGCUCUACCCCACAGCGAAGUAGUUGGACAUCAUGAGGCACUUUAUGUCCACUAGAUAUAGCCAAUCUAGUAUUUACAACAUCCUCUCCCUGCCGCUCCUUAAACCGGGAAAUCGAAGCAACCGGCCAAAUGGUGAAGGAGAAUCUGGCCAAAAUGGACAUUUUUAUGCGGAAGCGUCGGACGAGACCUGCCGUAUCUGAGCAGCAGGCAAUCACCUAGAAGGAGUAGCUUGAGGUACUGGUGAAAAACUUCUUUUUCUCUGGUGAAAAACUUCUUUUCUUGCUCAUAAUGAAAGACAAGACAUACUUGAUGCCAGAACUCAACGAAUGGCAGGGGACCGGAUACUUUACGUUCCCCAGGUAAGCGAUGUCCACGAAUAUAUCACUCACAUCAAGUUCUCGAGGAAAGUCAUUUUCUGACAAACGAGAAGGGAUUGUUCAAGCCGCUCUUCUUUCGAAUCAUAUGGUGAACUGGGAACUAUAUAGUACGAAGUACUUGCCGGAAGUUGUGAAGGUGAUGUGGUCUUUAUGCUAAACCUGUGAUCAGCCCAUUAUACCAAAAGAUCACUGGAGGAUGGAUCGGCUGGAGAUAAUCUUGAAUAAUUUUCCGAACAAAAAACUCGUUUAUCAAGUUUCAUUGUAAGGAUGGCCUCUAUUGAGCUGAGACUGUCUGAAAAGAUAAUGGACGUUGGGUAAUGUUCUAAUGAUCCCUAAAUCAUAGUGUAUCGCACCCACUUAGCAACAUACACGGAACAAAAAUCUCUGAGUUUGAAAGAGGCACUGAAAUUUUCAUUGAAGACGCCGAAGCCAGUGUACCCAUUUAUUAAUUUAAUAUCUGCAGAACAUUCUAUCAGAUCUAACUCCACGAUAUUUCGCCUAAAAGAUCGGCGGAAUUUCAUCGGAGAGUAGAUGUUCCAAGACUUCACAUAUUUCUUGACGCAUGGAUAUAUGAAAAUGACAGAUCAAUUGUGAAAAAGUACGGUAAGCAAACUUGUUUUGAGAUGCGUUGUGAAGUAUAAAGCCUGUCCACGUUAAAUUUCGGACACCAAGAUAAUGCCAGUAAAACCAAAAUUCACGUAAUACAACAAAACCGAUUGUUUAUUUCAGUAAACUAGACUUACAUCUUAUACAAGGAAAGCUUACUUCGAUGUUAAUUACGUUGUCUGUAAAAUUCACGCGCUUUCUUGGGAACAUCUACCAUUAGGCUCCGUACAAUAUCCUCAGAUAUGCUGGCGGCGGCGCUUUUCCAUCUCCUCUUGAAAUCAUUGACGCCAUUCGCUUUCUUCUUAGUUUCGAAUAGUUUUCGCUUAAUCAGAGCCCAGUACUUUUCCACUGGGCGAAGUUUUGGACAGUUCAGCGGAUUUGCUGUUUUUGGCACAUAUUUGACCUCAUGUGCAUUAUACCAUUCCAGGAUGGAUUUUGCAUAGUGACAAGAGGCCAAAUCUGGCCAAAACAACGCUGGAGAGUCGGGGCUUCUUAUGAAUGGUAGCAACCGCUUCUGGAGAUAUCCUUUCUCGUAGACGUCUUUGUUGAUAGUGCCGGUAAAGACGAAAGAUUUGGAUUUUCGACCACAACUGCAUAUGGCCUGCCAAACCAAGUACUUUUUGGGGAAUUUAGACUGCUUCUUAAUCCGGAAACACUCGGCUACGGCAUUCCUUCGCAUUGCAGUAUAAAAAACGAGACCCGGAAGCUGUUUGAAGUCUUCGAGAACAUAAGUUUCAUCGUCCAUUAUGGUGCAUGAACAUUUUUGCAAAAACUGGGUGGAGAAAUUUAGCUUAUCAUCACGAUUGGGCACCCAUUUUCACUUUGUACGCCUUCAGUCCAUGCCUCUGCUUCACUUUUUAUACAUAUGAUUUUGAUUUUUCAACCUUUCGAGCCACAUUUCUAACUGAAAGGUUGGGAUGUUACUCAAUAAUGGCAACCACCUUUGCGUCCAUUUGUCGGGAGCAUACUUUUCGAUUUGUUCCGCUUCCAACCUUCCGAUCCACAGUUAAGCGCUGGUCAAACGAUUUGCACACACUAAACACGGUACUCUUCGGCAGUUUUAGCUUUUUGGCGAGAUAGCGUACCGACAGUGUUGGAUUUUGCUGCCGUUCGCGCAAAAUGCGUUUGCGUACUUCCACUUGAUUCGACGCCAUUUUACCAAACUGGAGAAGAAUGUAAACAUGUUGGACAUCGAAAUAAAGAGAAGGGUUUCAGCUGUCAUGUAAGUGAAAUAUUUCAUUGAUUAGUGAAAUAUUUCAUAAACUACACUGAAAGUAAAGAAAUUUAACGUGGACAGGCUUUACACUUCGUUGGCAAGGUAUUCAUAGUAUCGGGUUUUUCAAUAAGAGCGCUACAAAAAUUUGUUUGUUUUUUAAUGUUUUAUUUAAAAAACAAACAAAUUUUUGUUUGGAUAUCAAUGAAAUUCUUCAUUCUUUAUUUUAUUAUAUUGUGAAAGUAGGUUUAAAGUCCAUAUCAUCCAAUUCGAGCCAAAAAUAUUCGGUUAUCAUUGUCCUGAUUUACAACUCCGGCCAGCUGGUAUCCCUACGUAUACUAAACAUUACAAAGCCCAUCGAUUAUUCUAUCUGUUGCCCCGUCAAUUGCUUAAUUACUUUUGAGUUCAAUGGUCACCGUUUUCAUGAGCUGAGCACAAAUUGAUAAAACACGAACCAACAACAACCCAUAACCAAAAAUAAUCUCCGAAUGUCAGACAUUGUUCUGUUUGAGUUCGAUUGAAUGUGAUGUUAACCGUUGUAACAAAUAUCAAAUCAAACAGGUUAGAGGAAUAAAUAGUAGACUCGAACGUAAGAAUAUAUCAAAACAAAACAAAAAAAAAACGUUGCACAUUUUUCGAAGAAUUUAUGUGCAGUCCACACGGAGAGUAGUCCAUGUAAGGAAACUGUUUGUACAUUACAUGAUUUUGUUACCCAAACUAGCGUUAGGGCGGUCACAGACCACGAGGAGUGAAAUGUUAUGACGUUCGUAUAUCAGCAAUUUAAGCAAAUGUAGCUUCAGGAAUCGAAACAUAUUACGGAAGAUGGUGUUGUUUUCCCGGAGAAAAGUUAGAAUGAACACAUAUUCGAGGGGUAUUUAAGGCAGUUAACGUUAUCUAUUUACGCAGAGAAUUUGAAUAAGUAGAGUUAAGGCGAGAGAUCCGCGGAUUUUGCGCCCCCGGCAGUUUCAAGAGAGAGAACGAACAUAUUAUCAAUCCUAAGAACUGCCAAGACAUCAAGGAUAUGACUGAUGAAAAAACAAUAAGAGUUUCUAUUUUAGCAACAGACACGUCGUUUGGCAGUACGGAAGGUAGGGAACAUUUAUAGGACUACGUUGCUCACGGAGGGGAGCUUUUGGGCUCCCAAGUUGGUAUUUAAGCGUGGUUUCAACGUAGGAAACUUUGAGGUUGACAGACACACUUUGAACUUCUCUCUUGGGUGGUGAUAUUAUUCCGGGACUAGCUUGCAAAGUUCUUAAAAAUGAAACCGAUUGUGAGACUCCAAAACUUAAUGACCCAUCAGCGCACUAGAUUUUGUACUUAUACCGGAAUUACCGCAGCCUCUCCAAUCUACGUAGUGAACUCGAUUUAAUACCAUCGUCUUUUGCCACCUUUUGCCUACCCAUUGUUUCAAACCAUAUUCACUCAAACACUAGGGAAUAGCACCGGAAACGAAUCGUACGUUAAUAUCGGAGGAAACUUCUCCCUUUUCUUCUUAGAUAAUAAUUCGAACUCAAAUUUAAGAAAUUGUUCCAUUCUAUGACUAUAUUGAAACUAAGUAGCUAAGCGUGACAUAAUAUGAAUUGUACGUGGAAAUGAUCCUUAUCAAACAGCAACCCAAAGGUGUAUAACUGUAUUGGAUUCAAAUAUUGGAACAAAGAUAUAACUCAUACCAACUGGAAACUCUUGGCGGAGGCAAAAAAAACAGACAAUAUUAUUGAAGUAAUUGAAAAAUUUUAAACCGAUUUCCUGUAGAAAUCAAAUAGCGACCUUUUACGGGGUUUAUCCAUUGCUUCCUAUUUUGUUGUUCGAUGUUGUUCAAUUUCCUACGUGAAUGAACCCCACGCCGUUUUAUUUCCGAUACACAAAAUGCGAAUAAUCAACAAUAAAAUCAGUCGUAAUCCAUCCAAAGAAAGUUUUAGCAUUUCGAGAAAUUUGUCACAGUUCGCAUCAAUCGUAGACGUAUUUCAAUCACGCUCAUAAUGGUGCGUUGCAUUCGCCCCAAAGUUGUUAUAUUUUAGUCAUAUCUUUUGUAGGUAAUUCAAAUCGAAUCAUUAGGAAGUCAAAUAUAUUCAAAUUUUG